AUGGGGCCAGUCAGUAAGAUGAGGCUUUGGAGCGAGGAAGCCGCUGCCGGGCACGGGCUGGGCACCUGCCUGGCAUUUGGACAACGGCUUCUGGCUCAUCUGGAGCUCCUCCUCCUCUUCCUCCUCCAGGCUUUGGGCACAGUAGCCUGUCCUUGGGAAGAGGGGCUGCCCCCAGGCUCCACAGCAGCACGGAGGAAUUUGAUUAGCAGCAUGUUCACCCUCACCACCGGCAUAGUCCUCCUCCUGGGUCUCCUCUUGGCUUCUGUCUACAUGUACAGGCACUACUUGAUCCCCCAGAUCUCUCACGAGCCUGAGAACAACAUAUUCACCUGUGGGGUCAUCUACAAGGACUUUCUCUCCUCCCCCUUCCACAGUCAUCUGGAACUUCAGGAGAACGUGGAGAUUUUCAUCAAGGAGGACUAUGAGCACAUCAACAUCCCUGUGCCUCAGUUUGGCGGGGGUGACCCGGCCGACAUCAUCCAUGACUUCCAGAGGGGCCUGACUGCCUACCAUGAUAUUGCUUUGGACAAGUGUUACGUCAUUGAGCUCAACACCACCAUUGUGAUGCCCCCAAGGAACCUCCUGGAGCUGCUGGUGAACGUGAAGAAGGGGACCUACCUGCCCCAGACGUACAUCAUCCAGGAGGAGAUGAUCGUCACCGAGCACGUCAAUGAUGUGCAGCAGCUGGGCUCCUUCAUUUACCGCUUGUGCAGUGGCAAAGAGACCUAUAGACUGCGGCGCCGCACCACAAGGAUGCGCAUCAGCAAACGGGAUGCGGAGAAUUGCCACCCUAUCCGACACUUUGAGAACACAUUUGUGGUGGAGACGGUGAUCUGCGAGCAGUAGUGGCCCUCUCUCUUCUGGCCUCUCCUUCUCCUUCCCCUCUUCUGGCCCCUGCCCCGACUUCCCUUCUUCCCCAUCCCUUCCUCCUUCUCUCCCCAUGGCCCCUGCUUUUCGAGCCUUCUUUUUAGACUUUUCUUUGCCUGGCCUGCAUCCCCUGCUUGUACCAAUGCCGUAGCCCCCCUGGGCUCCUGCUCUACCUCCCCUUGUCUCUUAGCAGUGCCUGACAGUAGCUUUGGGGGUGGGGACAAUCCUUAUUGGCAACAAAAGGUAAAUGGGACCCGAGCUUUGAGUCUGAGCUACUGGAGCUGAGGAGGGCUCCUAGGAUUGUCCAUCUGGAGCGAGAAGGACAUUGUCAGACUAGAGUCAGAAGUCAUGUCAUCCCAUCUCCUCAUUUUACAGUUGAAGAAACAGGCUAGAGAAGGCUGGCCCAGGAUCCCACUUGUAGCUGAGCUGGAAUUUGAACUUGAAGGCUUCUAACCGAAGCUGCUCUUCUUCCGUGAGUCCUUCCUUGGGAGGGCGAGAAGGCUUUGUCCUGCCGUCUUGUGAGGGCAAAGGACAGAGGACGGAGAACAGAGGCCGGACCGCCCACAAGUGGGCCUAAAAAAAAGAGCACAAGUUAGGCUGAUGCCCCAGCACAUUUCUGCCCGGCGCCCGUGGGGCAGGGAGGAUGGGAGGGCUGGCUGUUCUCAGGGAAGGGAAGCACAAAGAAUUAGGCGAGUACAAUCUGUCCAUGUAGCAGAACCAAAAAUGUGGGAGUGGGGCCAGUUGGCCACGGCCAGGGUUAGCCAGUGCCGCUCACCCCUAGAGCGGGCAGAGAGAGAUGGAGCCUUGGCAUGAGAUUCUGGGGGGGCGUCUAUGGGUUGUUCCCUUGACAGGGCAGGGGAUCAGGGUCGUUGGCUCCUCUGAGCACACGGGGCGGGUGCCAGUGGGUUUGGGAAUCUGUCCGAGUGGAGAGCCUUUGCCCACCCUGUUUCAGAAGAGGAAGUCCAGGUGGGAAUCGCCAUUCAUCCCUGGGCUUUGGUCAAGGGCUCAUCUGAGGAUCCAGGCCCUGGGUUCUCAGGCCCCGGUCCAAAGCAACCGGCCUUGCUUCCCAUUAGAGUUAGGUGGGAAUUCCUCGCACCAUGUUUUAAAAGGAAGGCGUGAGGGUGGGGGGAAGAUUGGAUUCAGUCCAGGUUUAAUUUGGAUCUUGGUGAAAAGGCCAGAAUGAGCCGGUAGGUUUCUACCCAGCAGCCUCCUUGCUUUUAGUGAUCCUUUUCCCUCCUCCCCCCUCCCCGUACCCUUCCUCUUCCUCCACCGUGGGUUGGGGCAGAUAUAAAAUGUCUUCGUCCUUGACUUUGUUUGCAUGAUUCCCUGGUCAUUUAAUAAGCUAACGCUGCGCAGCCUGCACCUUCCACUAACAAAAAUGGGCCUUGGCUGCUUCUCCCGCAUUAAUCUAAGCGUCCAGCCCCCUCGCCUCCCUCCGGCAGCUCCCCCUCCUGGGAUGGGACUCCAAACGCUUUGUAUAGUUCAUCAUCUGUUUGAUACCUGUUUGAGGAAAUGCCCUUAAAACAAUAAAAUCUUUUACCUCUGA